AUGGCGGGGUCAACGUUACAGAUCUCGAAGCCCAUGAGCAUCAAAGAAAUCUCCGCCAAAGCCUCAGACUUUGAAUUUAAUCCUACCAUCGCACUGAAAUAUUGGUUAAGGACAGCCGAUACACUUUUGAGGGAGGCGCAUAUUUACCAAGCAGAAGGCAAUGAUCAACAAGCCUACCUUUUAUUCAUGCGAUAUGCUGCUUUAGUUGCAGAAAAGCUACCAGGACAUCCAUCUGCGAAAGACUUGGAAACUAAAAGUGGCUUGAGGGCUGUUCAGAAAAUUCUCCCAGUUGUGUUGGAUGAACUAGAGGGGUUAAAACCCAAGAUAAACACGCGCUACAAUAACUGGCAGAGGGCUCUGGAAAGAAGGAAAGAAUUUCCUGCAGCGCGAGAAAACGAUAUAUCACGACCCUCAUCUCGAGCAGAUCUGGCGGCUUCUGAUCCCGCGAUUGCUGGAAAUACAGCUACAUUAGCUGCUGCGGAAAAUGGCGAAUUGGCCGUGAAGUUAGCACACAAAGAGAUUAGAAGGAGAGAUGCCGCACGACGUGCUACUCGACAAGCAGGUGUGAGUGAGGAGGAGGAGCAGGAAAGACGGACCGCCGGGCUAUGGGAUGAUUGGGAAGCGGCCUUAUCCAACUCUGGUCGUCACAAUGAGGACGAUAACAUGCGCCGAAAUAUGGAAGCCACAAGGAGAAGGUUGGAUGGUUCACAUGAUAUUGUGCCGGAUGGAGGGAGGAAGAGAUCUGCGAAGCUCUCUACCCGACCUGCACGAUAUGCGCAAACAGCGGCUAGGAAUGGUAGCAGCGAAUACCGAUAUCCAUCGAUCUCUAAGUCUCAACCUCUCAUUAUUGAUGACUCAAAAAUAUCCUCACUUCCUGGUCGUCUUCCUCCGAAGCCACCAAAGGAAUCAUUUGAGCCACCCCCGUACGAAAACCCUCCGCUAAUACCUGAAAAACAAUCCUUGGAUAUGCGAGAGAGCCCAUCAUCCGAUAUAGUUGAUCAAGAUCCAAAGUUCACUUUCCGACCCUCAGCAUAUCUCGAAAAUGGAAAACCACUUAGAACAGUCUUUCUUCCACCGACACUGCGACAACAAUUUCUGGCCUGCGCAGCCUCAAAUACACGUUCGAAUCUUGAAACUUGCGGAAUGUUAUGCGGAACCUUAAUAUCAAAUGCUCUCUUCGUGUCUCGACUCGUUAUCCCAGAACAGAAGAGUACCAGCGAUACGUGUGAAACUACCAAUGAGGGUGCUUUCUUUGAUUACUGCGCAUCUGAAGACUUAAUGGUUUUAGGAUGGAUACAUACCCAUCCUACACAAAGUUGUUUCAUGAGUAGUCGAGAUUUACAUACACAUUCUGGGUAUCAAAUUAUGAUGCCUGAAAGUAUUGCAAUUGUUUGCGCACCGAGUAAAAGUCCUUCGUGGGGAGUUUUCCGUCUAACUGACCCUCCAGGUAUGCCGGCUGUUCUAAAUUGUAAACAGACCGGACUUUUCCAUCCUCACGAGGAAAGAAACAUCUACACAGAUGCUCUGCGGCCUGGCCAUGUAUUCGAAGCAGAAGGGUUAGAAUUUCAAGUUGUUGACCAGAGACCAAAUCGAUAA